AUGGUUCGAACUAUUUAUCACCAAACACUACUAAUUGGUGCGCGAAAACAAGAGAUUAAAGGCGCACAUAUUCAUGCAAUGUGGUCCUCUCUCUCCAGGUGUGAUUUUUGUAGGGCUGAUGGGGCGAGGGGGCCGCCCCAUCGUGAAGCUGCAAAGGAUUUCACAGCUGGAAAAUCGUAUUAUAUUCCACAUCGUGCGGUUAUCAAGAAUGACUCGGCUACAACGAAAACUCGGAUUGUGUAUGAUGGAUCUUCGAAACAACGCGGAUGUUUAUCACUCAAUGAAUGUGCAUUCGCUGGUCCCUCUAUUCUACAAUCAAUUGUUGGUAUACUUUUACGAGCAAGGACUAGGAAAUUUCUUGUCACGGCUGAUGUGGAGAAAGCAUUUCAUAUGGUUUCUCUACAGGAGCAGUGCAGAGAUUUGACUCGGUUCUUGUGGUUAAAAGAUAUCAACAAGCCGCCGACAUCGAAUAAUAUUAUCACUCUUCGAUUUGCUCGAGUUCCAUUCGGAUUGACUUCUUCUCCAUUUUUGCUGGCAAUGGCUAUCACUUGGUAUUUGGAGAGAAAUCCGCAUCAGAUCAACGAGGCAGACAUGUCGCUGCAGGCCGGGCCGGCCGGGCUCAGCCCGAAGUAAACACAAAAAAUCGGGCUUUUUUCAGCCGAAGCCCGCUUUUAACAUGUGCGGCUUUCGCUGGCCCGAUUUUGGGGCCCGCUUUUUUUUUCUUCGAUUUUUUUUCAUUGAAAAAAUGCGUUUUUCGUGGUCAAAAAGGAAUUUUUAAUGAAUUUCAAACAUUGUAAAGAGUAAAAAUAGUAAAAUAAUAUGUGUGUGGAAGAUAAUUCACUUGAAUUUUGAAAUUUUUUUAUUUUUCGAUUUGUUACUUAUUACUAUUUUUAUAAGCAAAAUAUCACAUUCUAAUUUGAGUUUUCACUCAUAUAAAUACAAUCCAACAUCGAAAACAUCAAAAAAAAAUUCUGAAAUUGGCCAUUCAAAAAUAUUGUUUGGGCGAGGCCAACCCGGCCGCUUUUAAAUUUUCAUAAGGCCGGGCCAGCCGGGCCCGUGAUAAAUUGAGCGGGCUGUAGGGGCCCGAAUUCAGCAAAAACGACAUGUCUGAACGAGGAAAUUCGAAAGAAUUUGUAUGUGGAUAAUGUUAUUAUGACUUGUGAUGACGAGGUGGAACUUAUGGAUUUAUAUCAGAAUUCGAAGUCGACGUUUGAUGGUAUGAAGAUGAAUCUUCGAGAAUAUCAGACAAACCAUCAACCGACUUCGGAGCUGAUUCCUGAGAAAGAUCGAGCUGUCGCUGGACCAGUUAAGCUUUUAUUGUUAGGGCUUAAGUGGGACCCGAUUACCGAUCAGAUCUCCAUUAAGAUUCCACUUUGUGAUUUCGAACAUCCAUCGAAACGCCAAUUGGUUGCCUUUUCUGCAUCUCGAUUUGAUCCACUCGGAAUUAUUGCACCAGCGAUGACUCGUAUCAAAUCGUUGAUUCAAGAUGUAUGGAAAGAAAAUUGCGCAUGGGACGAGAAGAUUCCAAUCGAUUUAUUGCCAGAAUGGAGAAUUAUAGUGGAAACCGAUGUUGAACGAGAAUUCGUUUUACCUCGGUGCCCUAUUUCUACACGGCCUUAUCGAAUUGUGAUCUUCUCGGACGCGUCAAAACGACACACUAGAAAGUCUCUGGAAGAUCUGGAAUCGCGAUUAUUUGACACAACUCGCCAUCAGCUCCAACAAAAGUCAACGAUAUUCAAAAGGAACACCAACAGUUGGACAAGUUGUAUUGAUCACGGACAAAACUCCACGUCACACUUGGAAUAUGGGUCUUAUUGUCGAACUCGAAACAAGCAAGGAUGGAGAAAUUCGAAGUGCUCAAGUCAAAACACAAACUGGAAUAUUCAGAAGAUCGAUAAAUCAGCUUAUUCCACUCGAAGUAUCCACCAAAGAUCCAGAAAAUCUAGUGAAGAAGUCACCAGUUCCAAGAAUUCAACCCAGUCGAGCUUGCAAGGAAGGAGUCAGCUGUUGA